CUCCAGCCAAUCAGCGCCGCUGUUUCUCGCCGUCGCUCUCAGCCCGCCCUUGCUGGGCGUGGCCUCCCCUCCUCUCGAGCUCGCUCCGUGUGGAAAAGACGGUUUCGGGUGCAAAAGUCGCUCUUAUGUUGUUGCUCCGGCCGUUAGACAUGCCCAGUGAGGCAGCAGCCGCCUGCCGUGCCGCGACCGUCACCGAGCUCCGGGACUCCCCGUCACUCCCGGGUGCUGUGAGGAGCGGUCUCCAGCCGCCGGCGCCCUUGCCCGCCUCAGACUGUCCGUUGGCCCCGCGCGCUGUGUCCGGACGGCGGCCGGGGAGCCCCCAGUGAAGGCCGCAGCGAUGUGGGAGUCCAAGCGGGUGCGGCUGCUGUGCAUGCUGGGCCUGACCUUCGUGUUCUUCGUGGUGGAGGUGGUGGUGAGCCGCAUCACGGGCUCGCUGGCCAUGCUCUCCGACUCCUUCCACAUGCUGUCCGAUGUCAUCGCGCUGCUGGUCGGCCUGAUCGCCGUGCGCUUCGCCCAGAAGACCCGCUCCACCGACAAGAACACGUUCGGCUGGAUCCGGGCCGGGGUGAUGGGGGCCCUGGUCAACGCCAUCUUCCUCACCGCCCUGUGCUUCACCAUCGUGCUGGAGGCCGUCGAGCGCUUCACCGAGCCGCAGGCCAUCGAGCAGCCCAUGGUGGUGAUCGGAGUGGGGGCCGGCGGGCUGCUCAUUAACCUGAUCGGGCUCUGCAUGUUCCGGGACGGGGCCGCACACGGACACGGACACUCUCACGGCGGAGGGAGUGGAGGAGAGGCGGCGGGGGGGCACGGGCACUCGCACGGCCCCCGGAAAGCUCACAGGAACCGGGACCGCUCGGCCGGGGAUGGAGCCGCCAUAGACCGGGAGGAGACCAACAUCUUGGUGGAGAACUGCGGGAAUUCGCACGGCCUGACCGGGGACGGUGUGAUCAGCAAGCACGGUGAGAUACUGGAGGUCGGGGGGGGGCUAAAUAGGUCAUGGGGUGCGAGCCAAGGAAAGGGGAGAAGGUGGUAAAUGGGGCAGUUGGGGCCAAGGGGAGGGGUGGCUAGGAUGGUCGGUGGGGGGGCUAAAUGGGUCAGGUGGGGAUCCAAGGGGGCAAAGGAAGUGGCUAAAUGGAUCGGAUGGGGGCUAAAUGGGUCAGGGGUGCGAGCCAAGGGAGGGGGAGGUGGUAAAUGGGUCAGGUGGGGACCAAGGGGUGGCUAGAUGGGUCUGGGGGGAGGGAGGUGGUAAAUGGGUCAGGUGGGGAUCCAAGGGGGGGCAAAGGAAGUGGCUAAAUGGGUCAGGUAGUUGGGGCUUAAAGGUUCAGGGGGUGCGGGCCAAGGGAUGCUGGAAGGGGGAGGCAGGGAUAGAGUGCCAGGGGUUGCCAGACAGUGGGGCUUAAAGGGUCAAAGGGCUCGGGCCAAGGGGGAUUAAAGGGUCAGGGAAUGAGGGCUUAAAGGGCCAUGGGGUGCUGGUCAGAUGUAUUUUAUUUUUUAUUCCAAAGGGCCAUUGGGUGGGAGUCAAAGGGGGCUUAAAGGACCCCAAACUUUGGUUAUUGCACAUUUUAGCUGAACAUGUGGUUAUAAAGUCAGUAUUGCUAGACAGAAUGGGUGGUUUUUAUUAGUGGGAAGUGUAGUCCUGCUCUGGUGGAGGAUUUGCUGUCAUCAGCUUUUUUUUUUUUUUUUUUUGCGCUGCUCCCAUUAUGGCACAUUCACAAUGACAUACUAAGGUUUCAACAAGCAGAAUGAAUUUAGUGUACCAAGUAAAAGUGUUCAGUCAAUGUGCUUGCUGUAAAAUAGCAAGGGAAGGGGGAUUAUGCAAAUGACAAGAUUCAGAUUAGACGAUUGUCAAAUUACUGUAUGAAGUUCAAUUAUUUAAACCUUGACCACCAACCAAACCAUUUGUUUUUCAUGGUGCCCAUUUGAUUUUGGUUAGCAACACUGUUUAGACUAUAUUUUAAUCUAGCUCAGAAAUCUGUUGUCAUGUACCUCAGAAGCUCCUGUCAAUUUUUUUUUUUUUCAUUGUUCUCUGCCAAAUUAUCAUUAUUAUUUUUUUAUUUUUUUUUUGUGGGAAGCGGUGGGUGACUUGAUCUCUAAUGUGAGACCUGUCUCACAAUUCAGUCAGCCCUGCUGGGUACAAACAGGGAGGGAGAGAGCUAGCAUACUUGAAGAUUGCAUUACUACUGUGUCAAUUUUAGGGACUUUAGAAUUUUAAUGGGGGAGGGAAAAAAAUCUUUAUUGUUCUAAAUUUUGUGCAUUAGCAUUAUGUAUUAACCUUCUUUUUUUAAUUAUGGGUUAUAUGUGUGUCUGUGUGUGUGUCACAGUUCCAAUUUUAGGUAUCAGAUCCUUUUUUGUGGACUUUCCUGUGUUGUGCAACUAUUAAGGUUGAACAUUAAUUUACGCAGUAUAUGUUUGUUCUAAGUUUGCUUUGUCGCCUUGCCCUCAAUUAGAUUUUCCCUUCUCCUGUAGUAAAUUGGUCUUAAAUAGAGAAACACUCUGCACUCAGGUUAGACGGGGUUGUGAUUUUGUCAGUUUAUUUAAUAUUUGGCAAGUUUUGCUUUAACAACAACAACAAAAAACCUUAUUGAAGUCUUUUUAAUUAUUGGAUUAAUUCAAAAUAUAUAGGUCAGUAGUGUAAUCGUUUCUGAUCAUCUUGUGAGUUACAAAAAUUGUCAUUUUUGGUACAUUUGUUAGUGGCACGCGUGUUGGUCCUUUAGUAUGUGCAAUAAAAAAAACAGACUGAUGUUCUUAUGUACAGGUAUAAAACAAUUAUGCUUGCAUUAAGAAAGUUGCUAAACAUUUUCCCUAUCUGUGAUCUCCCGUACAGCUUUGGGCUUGCAUACUGCAUAUGAUGUCAGUAGCCGUGUAACCCUUUUUUGUGUCCUUACUUGCUGACCUGGAUAACAGAAUCUUUUUGUGCAAAAUUGAUAUCGGAUUCAUUUCAAAGACCUAUAACCACUUGCCUCAAAUAUUAAAAUUUUCUGUCACACUAGCUAUAAAAAGAGGAAAAUAUGCAGUUAAGUGCUAUUUUUCUUUCUCUUUUUUUUUUUUUAAGUUCUAGACAAGGAAACCUUUAUACUGUAAUAUGUAGACCACUUUUAAAUGAUUAAAUGUGUAGUCGUUCUUAAUUUGCAUUGUAGGUAAUUAACCUUCAAGUACUAUUGAACACAUUGCUGUUUGAUAGAUCAUAUUGUAACACUGAUUGAUGUCACAUCAUGGUGUCCAGCAUCACUGCAAUGCAAGCUGGCAGGAAGAUGUGUUGACUAGUCUUUGCUGAUGCUCCCCAGUAAGGAAAUCUGCAUGGAAUAAGUAAUAAUGGGGGAAGCGAGGGAGGUCAAAUUAAAGGUUUGUUUUAUUACAGUUGUAGCAAAUUUCCAGCCCUAAAUAGGUUUAAAGUGUUGCCAAGUCACCAGCAAUUGUGAAUAUAAAGACUUGCCAAAGCUUUAUAGGUUAAGACUUCCCUUUUGGGUUAACAAAAUCAACCUUUUGUAUAAUUUAUUUUUUCCUCUCUUCAAUUGACAGUUAGGCACCAUAACAACUACAACUUCCACCACCCUCAGGUGGCAUCUGUCUUCCGAAAUUUCAGUUUCAGGAAGCGCGGAGUGCCGCCGGGCAGGGGUACCGCUGUUUGGCUGAGAGGGUCAGCUGACACUUUCAGCCAAUCAGGACUCCACAUUCACAAAACUGACUUGCAAAAGAAAUGUUUCUUUCCAAGCCUGCUUUGUGAAUGGGGAGUUAUUGACUGGUUUAGAGCGUCGGUUGACUGCUCUUAGCCAAUAAGUGACACCCCUGCCCAGCGACACUCUACUCUUCCUAAAACAGAGAUUUCAGAAGCUAUAUGCCACUAGGAGGGGGUGGUUGAGAUCUGCGCUGGAGGCAACUUUGGUGUUAAGCUUUUCAAGAAUGAUUUAACCCCUUGAUAUGAGGAUGCUGGGGGCUUCUGACACCAUAACAAUUUUAAUUAGCUUAAGUUUUUGGGUGGCUAUUAAAUGUUUCCUCUGAUGAAACAUGGAGUGCACCUUUUAAGAGUCUCCUUCAUUUUUGUAGAAUGUUGUAUUUAAUGUUGCCUAAUUCUGACCUUCUAAAUAAUAUGGAUUUUGUUUUCUUCUUCCAGCAGAUGCAUUGGCUGAGAUCACAAUAGAUCAUCGCUCGAAUGGCAAUGUGGAAAAUAACUCUGCUGAAAUCAGUGAAGAUGGUACGCAGCUGAACAUGCGUGGUGUAUUUCUGCAUGUUCUUGGUGAUGCAUUGGGCUCUGUUAUUGUGGUGGUGAAUGCCUUUGUUUUUUACAUGGUUUUUAACCCUUGCCCAGAAGAUGGAAACUGCAUAAACCCAUGUGUUAAUAACCAUUGCUUAGAUCACAAAGAAGUAAAUCAUAGUCUUCAAAGUGUGCUGAAUAACACGUCUGAAGAGCCACUUCUCCUUGCUGGACCUUGUUGGGUCAUGUACCUAGAUCCCUCGUUGUGUGUCAUCAUGGUGUGCAUACUUUUGUACACAACCUACCCACUUUUGAAGGAGUCUGCCCUUAUUCUUCUGCAAACUGUCCCUAAACAGAUUGAUAUUUCUUCCUUGAAACAAAAGCUUAAGAAAAUAGAAGGGGUUGAAGCUGUGCAUGAGCUUCAUGUAUGGCAGUUGGCAGAAAGUCGUAUCAUAGCCACAGCACACAUAAAGUGUAAGGACCCUACUGCUUACAUGGAUGUGGCCAAGCGCAUCAAAGACUUUUUUCACGAUGAAGGAAUCCAUGCUACUACCAUUCAGCCUGAAUUCUCAAAUGUAGAGUCUGGAUCUAGAAUAUCCUUAUGUGAGUUAUCGUGUAGGACUCAGUGUGCGCCAAAGCAGUGUUGUGGUAGCACGGAAAAAGGGGUGUCUGGGAAGAAAUCCAGCGGGGGGACAUCAGCCCUUCCCAGCUUGGGAAUGAUUAGUGAAUCUCCUGAGCACAAAACAAAGAGAACUAAUACUUCUGAGAAGUCAACUAAUGAAUUGAAGAUAGAUGUGGACUCCACCGUUUGAUCACUUAUCAAAUGCAUAAACUUGUGGCUCUUGCUGGAGAAAAACAAGGGAAACCCUUUCCCUAAAAUUUGUCACAAAGUUGCUGGUUUAAAAUAUUGACUUUAUUAGUUUUGUCUUUAAAACAAACAUAGUCUAUCUAGUUCUGGGAUGCAACCAUUAAUGUUUAAAAUCUGGUUCUUGCUGUUCUAAUUGUUGCAUUGUUUUUGAUUUGAACAUUGUGUCAAUGUUACAUUUUGUGAAUUUAGAUUUGCCUGGGAUCUUUCCAUUGCUGCUGCAGUUUGCAUAGCAUUGACAGUGUUUGUUUCUAAUAUGAUUUACAUUUAUUUUAAUUUUGUUUUUCUAAAUUGUGGCUGCUGGGAUGUAGCCAAAUACCUUCUUACUAACUGACAAUCUUGCUACUCAAAUAUGUGCACGAGAAGCAUUGUUUAAAAUCCCAGUUUGUACCCUUGCACUCCUGACUACAGGAUAGGUCUAGAGAAAGCACUUUUUCUGUCUUGAUAAAGUUUUAGGGGUUAGAAUGCCCACCAUACCAUUAUUUUAUAUAUACUUUUUUUGUGUUUGUGCGCAUGUUAAAGGGCAGUUUGUCCUUCCCAUUUCUUCCUUUUGAAUCCAUUCCUCAGUCUCUGUUAAAGACUUGGGUUGCCUUUGCUCGAUUUCAUCUCUGCUGACAGGUCAAAAUGCAUAUAGUUUACUUGCAGUGCUGAAUGACUGGAAUAUUGACUAUAACUAAAUUACCAGCUCUGCCAUUUUGCAAAAACGUGUUUUGUAUAAUGAUAUGCAAAUUGUCACUUUCUGGCAAUAAUUACAUGAGAUUGUAUUAUACACAGGUGGCAUUGUGAUAUAUUUGUUUAAUCAACUAUUAGAGUGGAUUGUAGGGGGCUUUCAAUAGCUUGCUUUAUUUACUUUGCCAAUGCCAUGUGCAUAUGUCGUAUUAGGCAAAGACCCUGGUUGUUCAUGUCUCUAGAUCCUUUUGGUCUGAUUACCCUACCCCUCAGGCAGUAACCAGUUACAGGUCUAAACUUUCUCAGUAACCUCACUCUCAUGCGAAGUCCUGGCCAUACUGAUCAGCAUCGUGCUUGCCAUUUAAAUUCUGCUUGUACUGGAGGGAGGCGGCAGUGUGAUCAAGCAAUGCACGUGCACACAUGUUACAUACCUAUCUAAAAGAAGUGCAUGUGAAAAUAGGUGUGGCUGUAUAUCUGCUAGUUGGUACAUGGGCCUGGAUGAACCAGAGGCUCUGUUAAAUAACAAUUAUAUCACUGGCCAAUGUGUGUUCUUUAUUCCUAGCUGUAAAUAAAUUGGGUUGGUCUUCUCUGUGCACUUCAGGUAAAGAUAAUUUGUUACUUAAAACAAUAUAAUUUUCAUUUUACAUGCUCUUUCAUAAGUUGGACUAUUCUCACAAAGAUCUAUAUAGUGCACCCAUUACCAGCAAAGCAUUUCAGUGGUCUAAAUUUAAUUGCACUUUUUAUCUUUCUUCUCGGUGUUUGCACAUCUGUCUUUUUUCAGAGUUCAAGGGUGCCAUUCAUGAUCCUGAUAUGGUGCUUAGCACUUGCAUGCAGCUGCACCACCACCUUUUGAAGACCAAAUUGCAGAUCCAUAGCAGUGGAUUACAGUGUUAAUUCAUGUGUUACCAAAGCAAAGAAAACUUCAACUUACUGAAUGUACUUCUUACAGAGUGUCUUCACCAACCUACAUAUUUUUAACAUUAUGUAUGCUUCUCAGAUUUGUAAAGUGUGUUAAAUUAAAGGUAUCCUGGUAGAUUUCCACCUGUCAAGUGUAUCUGUAUUAUGAUACAUGCACAGACUAGCUCAGGAUUACCCACUUAGUUUACAUACUAAACUUGAGAAGCAUGAUGAAUGUAGUUUUGCCUAUCGGAGUUUGGCUGUGCUUUGUAUAGUGUAUUUAUGUAUGUAUCGUACUUCCAAACUGUAAUAUAUUGUUAUUGCAAUUAUAUUGUACUGCCCAAACAGUGUUUUAUUGGAAGUUGUUUUGUUUUUGUUUUCUCACCCCUCCCAUGACAAAUAAAACAUGGAGAACAUGUUCAUCUUAUUAUUUUUGGUUUUUUAGUACUUGUCAGCUGGAAAUGUAAUUGUUGGUGGCAGAACACAUUCGGAUCAGUUUUAAUCUAUAUGCUUUAUGUAGGGAUUUCUAAUAAAAUUUAUAUCUAUAGGAUGUGGUAGCCAGGAACCUCUGUCUGAAUUUUUUUGUUUAUUUUAAAUUUUUUUUAAUUUUAUUGUUUUAACAAAUUUAGCGCUUAUAGUUUAAAAAAAAAAAAAAAAAAUUAUAAUUUAUUUAUUUUAAUUCAGCCCCUCUUCACACACAUCAUUUAAAGUAAAAGUUUAGCAAUAUCAGCUGUUUCCAAAUUUGGCUGAAUAUAUUAACUGACAUUUCCCAGCCAAUUCCAGCUACAGAUGCUCAAAAGUUACAUUGCAAAUGGGGAAGUAUUUAUUUCCAUAUUAGUGAUCUCUUUAAAAAGGGGGCAGAUGGCAGGCACAUGCAGGGCCCAGGUAAGGGUAAACUGACUUAACCGUUUGACACCAGAAUACUACUGUCACCAUAAUCACUGCAGUGAAUGUAGUGGUUUUAGGGUGCGUACAGUACUCAGUUUAAGCAUUAUUCCAAUACUUGCAUGAUUUAGAGCACUGUUGGUGUCCACACUUGUUUGAUUCUUAUUUAGUAGCAUGUCCCUACUUGGUGUGAAUGGUGCUGUUCAAUCAUUGCCAUGAAUACAUGGUGCACUUACUGGCUCAGCAGCAUAGCUAGGUAACAAGUCCCUUCCGGAGUUCAACUGAAUAAGUGUAAUUGUCUGAUGUCUGUAAUGUGUAUCAGGACUGUUCACACACACGUAUGUUUUCUUGUAAUCUCCAAUUUUACCAUUACUAAAGUCUCCAUGCUCAGAUUUUUUUUUUUUUUUUAAAGUGCAUAUUCUGUUUAGAUGACACACUAUUCCACUGAAUGGCACAGUAAACUAAAUAAAGCGUGUAUGUAUAAUAUAUCGAUAUACACUUACUCUUACUUGUGAAGACCUUGCAACAUACAGUUGAAGAAUAUAUAUAUAAUAUACACACACUUUGUGUAUUUAAAAGAAAACCAAUAUAUGUGUAACACUGACAGGCUACCUCAUUCACAGGAUAGUAGCGAGUUAAUCAUGACCAUGUGGCAUUGUAUGUGUGAUCAGUAGUAGGGCCUGAAUAGCAAGCAAUUAGUUGUUGGGUUUUUUUUUUUUGUUUUGUUUUUUUACGUGCUAUGACUAACCCCGGAACGCUCAAUACUUCUAAGCUUUCUCUUAAUUACUAUUUCAACAUUUGGAAGGCAGAGUAAGCCUUUACUAGUUUGGAAUGUGUGGUGGGGAUUUAAUUCUCCUACCUUUCAGCCUGUUAAUAAUUUCAUAAACCAUUUAAUGUCAUGAGUAUGAAAGCACACUGCUUUGUAAUGCGCUGCUUGCUCUCUAGUAGUGAACAGGGUUUAAUUCAAGAAUAUGUAUAAUACCAGAUAAAGGCCAGUAUUGACAACAUAAAUAUGUCAGUGGAGUGUUUUUUUUUUUUUUUUAAAUAUAAAGAACACUGUAGUGUUACAAAUUAGGAAACUGAGUCCCUCCUCUCCCUAUGGUAAAAAGGUAAUACUUUACUUUUAUCCCAUGCAGAAAAAAAAAUCACUAACUCAAAAGUAACAGGUGUAAUACGGCUACCCAUUUAACGUCUUUAUAGCUGGUGUAGACAGAGCUACUGGCUUCUACUAACCUAGGGGUACAAUAAAUAUCUGGUGUGAUGAAAACUGCUACUAAGGUAUGGUUUGCUCACCUCUUCCCACCCAUUUGUUUUUAUAUUUUCCGAGCUUAGUUAUGUAUUGGAUUUUUUUUUCUUAGUUUUUUAAGGUUUGUAAGACUUGCCUUUGUAAGUUCUUGUGAGCAUUUUUAUACUCUAAAAUCCUGUUUGGUUAGUUUUUCAUUCAAAGCUCCUCUGUAAACCUGCUCUGCUUUGUUUGUAUUAACUGUUCUGUACUUUGUUAUACAUUCCUAACUUUCAUAAACUAAUACAAAAGUUUGUCUUUGUGUGAUGGGUCUUAUUCCAGAAAAAUACAGGAAUGUAAAAGCAUAAAAAGAAUGUUCCUAAUUUGGAGACGGAUAUGGG